CCCAAUGUUUCCCUCAAUAGGAUAUUUUCCUUCCUAACAGUUGAAACCCUCGAUAAACCUUAUACUUCCUCCAACUCAAACCCACUUUCCUGGGACUUCCUCUCUUUUCCGCAGGUUCUCUAAUGGCGCUGUUCGCCACCAGGCGUACUUUAGCUUCCACAAUAUACCGUGCAAUCUCAUCAUCAUCAUCAUCUCGGUUUCGAUUUGCUCUUCCCCUUUUCUUCAAUCUCCAGUACUACCCAUCAGAGCAAUUCGUUCCGACCCGUCCUAAGACUUCCGGGUCGGGUUACUCUCCCCUCAAUGAUCCUUCUCCCAACUGGAGUAACCGACCCCCGAAGGAGACCAUACUUUUGGAUGGAUGUGACUAUGAGCAUUGGCUGAUUGUCAUGGAGUUUCCUGAACCUAAGCCCUCUGAGGAAGAUAUGAUCAAUGUAUAUGUUAAAACCAUUGCUGCCGUUGUCGGAAGUGAGGAAGAAGCAAAAAAGAAGAUUUACUCUGUUUGUACAACUACUUACACUGGGUUUGGUGCUUUGAUUUCUGAAGAGCUUUCCUACAAAGUUAAAGGUCUACCUGAUGUUUUAUGGGUCUUGCCAGAUUCAUAUCUAGAUGUUCCCAACAAGGAUUAUGGAGGGGAUCUGUUCAUAGACGGAAAAGUCAUCCAUAGACCACAAUAUAGAUUUAAUCAAAACCAAGGUACUAGACCCAGACCUCGACCUCGUUAUGACAGACGCCGGGAGACCAUGCAGGUUGAAAGAAGAGAACCAAUACAAAGAGGAGCAUGGGUACCCAAUCAGCAACAUCCUGCACAACCAACUGGAGGUCUGGCAGGAUAUCAGGGGAAUAAUAGUUGAAGCUCUUAUGCCAUUGUCACAGUAAAAUCCGUAGUAAUGGAUUAGGUUGGGUCAGAUACUAUUUACCUCAUAAGUUCAUUUCAUGAGUUCUCAACUGAGCGAAAGGGCAUUGUCACAGUUUCAUAUGAUUGAAAUGUUAAUAACUUUUCGUGCCUGAACACAUAAGAGCAUUGUGUCAUAUACUAGGAGGUGAAUCUUCUUGUCUAAGUUGUCUUUAGGAACUGGUUUGCAUAUUUAAGUGUUGUAGAACAGUAAAUCAAAAGAGUGUCAAUUCAGAGAUGUUAAUUUGAAUGAUGUUUGCUGUUAGUGUUGUUUCUUUCAUUUGGUUAAUUCUCAUUAGAUGAGAAAGCAUCUAUAAGGGGUACUUAUGUUACUGUUGCUGCGCCCUUUUUUUUUUUUAACUCAUAAUUUCAGGCAACAUAUUACUUUCAAUGUGUAAAAGUCUGAGACAUGGAUGAAAGUGUGGAAUGACAUUUUUCUUGUUUUCGUUUUC